UGAAAAUGGGUCUGAUAAGCGAGACAAUACAUCAUUGUGAAAAUCUCCAUUAGCCAGCGAUCAACAAGGCGCGUAACCGCCGUCCAUCCUCGGCGAUGCAGUUGUGUUCCCUGGAAGCCCCGACAAACAGAUGACAUCACAUGCCGCUCCGUCCCCCUUCCUCCUCCAGUCUGGCUUCUCCCUCCACUCUCUCCACCACUCGCUCUCGCUCUUCUGGCUCCGUUCGCGUCCCAGCGGACAUAAAUGGCGACCGCGUUCUCGCCUCCCCAUUGUCCCUCCCAAUGACGAACUUGGCUCCAGCUUCUCCACAGCCAGCUUCCGCCCAUGAUCGUCUCUGCCAUUCCCCUGGCUACUCGACCUCACCUUCCUUCUCUUUAACUACCCUAAUUGCUCGUGCCCAAUAAUGAUCUGACAAUAGCAGACUCAUCAUGGCACUUAGCAGUUUUUCAAUCGGGGUGGCCCUGACCCCGACCGUCGUUUCCACCCUCUUUUCUCACUACCUGCAUCGGAAAAACCGCCAGGGCAAACCCACCGUCCAUCUGUCCUACGAUGAAGGCAUCUCCAUCAUCCGCGAAUUCAUCACCUUGAGCUCCAGGCGCCCCAUCGAGUAUAUCCAGGAGUUCACGGCCCAGCGCGUCCCCGCUCCGCACUGGGUGAAGAUCGAACGAGUCUCAAUUGCCGACGAAUUUCUGGACCCGGCAGCUGCUGCAAUUGCCAAACAAUUGGGUCCUGAUGGUAUUGCACGAGUGGGGGGUGAAAAGUGGUGGCAAUGGCGUGGCCCGGCGGGGGAUAAGAAUGGAGGACUGAGCGCAGAGUGGAUUGAGAUGCAUAGCGACUACAAUGAGAGGAAAAACGAGAGCAAAAACCAUUCCAGCAAUAAGCGGAUUAUGCUGUACAUCCAUGGUGGUGCAUAUUACUUUGGGAGUGUCCAGACACAUCGGUAUCAGCUGCAGCGCCAUGCGAGGAAGCUGAAGGGCAGGGUUUUUGCACCUGAUUACCGUUUGGCCCCGCAAUUCCCGUUUCCCUGCUCCCUGCACGACUCACUAGCGGCGUAUUUAUACCUUUUACGCGACCAUCCGCCGGAGGAUAUCAUCUUUGCGGGUGACUCCGCUGGAGGAGGAAUGAUUCUCUCGAUGCUGGUCAUCUGUCGUGAUCAAGGGCUGCCGCUACCGGCUGGUGCAAUUCUGAUAUCUCCUUGGGUUGACCUCACCCACUCCUUCCCCAGUAUAGCAAAGGAUAACCCUGGCGACUAUAUCCCUCCUCAUGGAUUCUUACACAGACCCUCCUUAGCAUGGCCCCCACCGAACGAGGAUGAGAUCCGAGAGAUCAAGGAGGCUGUGAAGAGGGAUCCAACAAUACCGAACGAAAGGGUGAAUAUCUCUGAAACCGGACAGGAGAAUACUGUCGUUAUAAGCUCGUCCCAGGCGCCGAAGGGCCAUGGCCGCCCGCCGCCGUCCUGCGUGAUAGACGGCGAAACAAUCGAAUUAAAGGACCAGAUCCACAUGUACGCAACUAACGACCUUCUUUUCCACCCGCUCGUUUCUCCGAUAUUUCAACCGUCUCUUGGGGGAUUGCCCCCCCUGCAGAUUAUUAGCGGUGGCGGUGAAAUGCUCCGUGAUGAACAGCUCUACCUUGCUCAUAAAGCUGCCAACCCUGUUGCCUACCCACCCAACGACACCUUCCUUGACGAGUUUGACCCGCAACGCGAGAUCGUUUCUAAGUAUCGUGGCACCUAUGUUCAACUUCAGGUGUGGGAUGACCUUUGCCAUGUGGCCCCGAUUCUAAGCUUUACGCCUCCUGUCAAAUACAUGUUCCGAUCCAUUGCGCAGUUCGGAGCGUGGGCACUAGCGCGCGCACAGCACUCCACUAUCGAAAUCGCCAACAACGAUGAGGUCUCCGCCAUAUCAUCUAGUGAAUCGGAGGCUACUCACCCUACGGUUAGCCGUAGCGGUCAUAAGGACCCUCACGAUCUACCAACGCCUACAGUUGGAAAGGCGGGUGACCCUCUCCCAGCGUUCAGAGACCGCAUGAUUCGGCAAGGCGUUAACAAGAGAGGUCACGUAUACCCCCUUGAUCCUCCAAGUAAAUAUCCUGUGCUUCAAAUGCCCCCCGACUCCGUCGGCACGAUUAACCCAAAUCUCCUAAUGAAAUGGAUGUUGGUCAAGGAAGAAUGGGACCACAAAUUUGCGAAGGAUAGGCUCCGCGUACACAAUGAACGACUUCAAGGAUUAGCACACGGAUUUCAGGAGUUCGAGGGUGAGAUCCCACCACCUAGUGCAUUGGCCGCUAGGAGGCUCGCACCGGGUGCGCUCCCGCCAAAGGGUCUCCGCGUUAGCUAUCCCAUGGCAAUGUGGAGCAAGAUCGCAAGCAAACACGAUAGAAGAACCAUCAAAAGGGAGCAUGAAUUGGAAACUCGAUCGCAUCGCUCGCAACGGACUAGCGUUGAAGCCGGGCGAGCGGGAGCAUCGAUGGUGGACGACAACCUCACAGACAAGACUCAGCCGAACGGUACAAGCACCGAGGGGGCAUCCAGUUCAACCCCACAAUUGCCAGGAAUUCCGCCAGAUAAACCAUUCACCCCGCUUCUUGUUCUUCCAAACUACGAUGGAAAGUCGUCCAAUGACGAGUUUGAGAACGCGAGCACGCGAGCACUCUUCCACGUCCCGGGCACUAUCCCGCCAACAACCGCCGACUCGAAAAGCAUGCACCACCGAUCAGCGUCUCACGGCGGCUCAGCUACAAUCCGCAGCGGGUUCACCUCGAACCCAGCAGAUGACGCAAGCACCGUCGAUGACGACCGGUCUCUUGCUGUCACCGGUAUGGGCGUUGAAGAUGCGAGUACACGGGCUGUUGUCCACGCAGACGGUGUCAUAAAACCGACCGACGGAAGCCACUCGGUCGUUCAGUCGGUUGAGAGUCUUCCUCUAACCAACGGAGUUAACCACGCCUGAUAGCUAGGCCUUUGCCUUCAGUACGGACUGUCUUUCUUUAUAUUUUCUCAUUUUGCACAUCAUUUGUUGGAUUUUUUGAUACCUAUGACACUUGGAUAGUCGAUCCGUGUCUCUUUUGUUUGAAUUACACGACCGUUGGAUAUCUGGUCAAUUUUGAGAUUUCUGCAUAUAUAACCCUAUACCCAUGCGCAUAUAUGCCCUGUCUAUAUCGAUCAUUGUAUAUAUCACGUAUAUCGAAUUGAUUACCCAAAAUGCCUUAUAGAAAUAGAC